GCGGUCGCGACUGCUCCUCGCGGCCCCGCGCUCACAACGCGCGCGCGCGCGCCGAAUAUGCGGUUCCCCGGGAUUGUCUGCUCCUCGCCGGCUGAUUCCGACCACGCGUAUCUUCGCUGACUUCGGUAUUACGCGAUCGCCGUCAACGGCGGCGGGUGACAGCGACGACAACGGAUAGGGCGCCGUGAGUGCUCACAACGUUCCACUGCACUCCGGUUCGUCCUCUGUCUGCCUACACGUCUGUGUUGUUCAUCAUUGGAGCCAUGCGACUGGGAUACUCUGGCCUCGUGCACUGUCCUUCCGCCGUCACCGCUUUCUUGAUGUUCUUGUGCAUUAUCGCAAUCCGGACGGCAAGUGGUGUGCAGAUCGUGCGGUUAUCUGUGCCCACGUGGGUGGAGAACGGCACCGAGGACUCAGUGCUGUUGGACUGCGAGUACGCGUACACGGAGCGCGACGACUCACAGCUGGUGGUCAAGUGGUUCCUUAACGACGACCCAAAGCCCAUCUACCAGUGGAUACCAGAGCUGGACAAACGCACGUCUCUCAGAGGCUGAAGGGGCGCCUUGAACACCGACUUCACGGUCACCGCGAACCACUUCACAAAGUUCCGCGCUCUCAACCUGUUGCGACCGACCACCGAGCUGAGCGGCAGGUACUCGUGUCACGUGACCUCGCACAAUAGCCAGGACCAAAAGUCGCAACUAAUGACCGUCUAUGCACGUCCAAAGCACUUCGUGUUCAACUUCUCACGAGCCGCCGAGGAAUUGGCGACGACCUUCGUGUGCGAGGCGACCGGCGCAUUUCCCUUGCCCACGCUGUCGCUGUACCAAUUAGACGAAGGAUCUUCCGCUUCCCCACCACGGCGCCACGCCCUCGCCCCAACGCAACGGGUGACGCCCCGACAGGACGGAUCUUACGUCACUCGCGUCUCCAGCCAAGUGCCCGACGAACAGUUCUCGCACUCGGGUCGGCACUUGUUCGUGUGCCUACUCUCCAUACCGGGCACGGACUUCAAGAAGCAGCGUCUCAUCGAGUUCUAUCCAGAAUACUACAUGGACAGCGCGACCUGCCGAGGGAUGAGCUGGUCUCUCGCAAUCCCUAUGUUUGCACUGAUCUGGGCUUUACGAUAGAGUCAACAAGGGUCCGCCUACGAGCUUCCGAUUAUCUGCUUUCGAGACCAAGUCAACUUCGUUCGGGAAAACUCCAACGCCCGGAUUAAAAGAAAAGAGACGUUGUACAUUCCUACCGCAUCAAGACCAUAAGGUAGUGAAGCGUUCUAUGGGAUCAUAUUCAACUUUAUUGGCACCACGUCCUGAGCCAUCAACUGCUAAGUGAGACGACAGCCAAUAAUGUUGCAGAAGAAAGAGUGAAGAAAAAAGUGGUUUCAUUGAAUGAAAGUGCAGAAAGAACUCCCUGUUAUUUCUGUUUAGUUUCUCGUCCUUGUACGAAAUGUUUCGGAGGAUAUAAUUUCAGAGUAUAACCAUGCCGGCUGUGUAAAUAAUAUAGCGCCUUGUUAAAAUGAGAAACAAAAGAAAGUUAUGCACAGGUGAAAAUAAAAAUAUCAUAUUU